UGUUAGAGAUAGAAGAGAUCAGAGCUUCACAAACCUGCUGAGAACAUGAAGAUGAGUCGUGUGUAUUUGGUCCUGGGCUUCGUCCUGAUCAUGGAACUCUACUCAGACGCUAUGCCUUUGAGCCUUAAUCAGCCCGCCUCGUGCUGUUUCAACUUUUUCAAUGGCAAAAUUCCUUCUGACAAAAUCCUGGAGGUUCAAAAGACGGACUCACGCUGUUCACAGCAAGGCUUUGUAGUUACUACGCCUCGGUUCUCCAAGCUGUGUGCUCGUAACAUCACUGUCAAUGAAAGUGAUACACCUGUCAGUGAAACUGUUACACCUACGCCACACUCCACACACACCACCUAAUAAUCUUCAAGCUUUGCCCAUUUAAAAACUGAAUCACUUUUUAUCAGUCAUUUAUUACGGUUUAUUGAUGCUACU